GGCCGAGCUCCGCUCAGUACUUACCGCCCGAGUGUGACUAGGGCGCCCUCCGCCAGGGGUGCCGGCCCGGCCCGGCGGGGAGGGGCAGUGACCGCCCCCCGCUCCGGCUUACGGGAAGUGAUGUCGCCUUGACGGAAAACACACGCUCGCCGCCUAAAAAAGGGCAGGGGCCAGAGGGACUCGGUGCUGGCUGGAGCAGAGUGGGGAGCUGCCGCCAGUUCUGCUGUGAACUUUUAAAGGCUUCUGUCCUGCAAGCAUUAUAAAUUAUGUUUGCAGAUGAGGAAGCAGAGGGAAGUGAUUCAGGAAGGAGCUGAGAAUAGGACCUACCUGUCCUGCCUUCAGGUGAAGUCAGUAGGAAUGCAGAAUGGAGCCUAGGAGUCUCUGCAGUACUGAUGAAGAGCUGGCAAGGAGAGCUAAUAUUUGGCUAUUUUGUGGGGUUAAGGCUAAGUUGUAGAUAAAAACCAACUUUUUUUGCGUGGAUGUGGUGUUCAAGAGAUCCAAACUGCAUCAGCACUGGGAAACUUGUAAUUAAAGUAGAUCUGGAAAACUACAGAUCUAUUUCCUGUUAGCCCCAGGUGGUCUACAAAGAUCUCACUAUGUCUGAUGGAGACUAUGAUUACCUCAUAAAAUUCCUAGCACUUGGUGACUCUGGAGUAGGAAAGACCAGCAUCCUUUACCAGUACACAGAUGGCAAAUUUAAUUCCAGAUUUAUCACAACAGUGGGUAUUGACUUUCGGGAAAAGAGAGUGAUGUAUAGAUCCAACGGGCCAGAUGGCGUUAGUGGCAGAGGACAGAGGAUACAUCUGCAACUGUGGGACACUGCAGGGCAGGAAAGGUUUCGUAGCUUGACAACAGCUUUCUUCAGAGAUGCUAUGGGCUUUCUUCUCCUCUUCGAUCUGACAAAUGAGCAAAGCUUUCUCAAUGUCAGAAACUGGAUAAGCCAGCUACAAAUGCAUGCGUAUUGUGAAAACCCUGAUAUUGUAUUAUGUGGAAACAAAAGUGAUAUGGAAGACCAGAGAAUGGUGAAAGAAGAGGAGGCAAAGGAACUUGCGGAAAAAUAUGGGAUACCAUAUUUUGAAACAAGUGCAGCUAAUGGAACUAAUGUGACCAAGGCAGUUGAAACUCUGCUUGACCUUAUCAUGAAGCGCAUGGAACGGUGCGUGGACAAGUCAUGGAUACCCGAGGGGGUAGUACGGUCCAAUGGACACAGCUCUACUGAGCAGCUACAUGAGGAGAAAGAUAAAGGCAAAUGUGGCUGUUGAGAAACCAACUUCAUUGCAACAAUUAAAUUAACAUAUUUAUGUUGAAGUAUAGUACAGUUGUAGCUUAAUGGAUUCAUUUAUGGACAGCUCUUACCAUAUGGAUAUAUAAUAACAAAGCUGUAUUAAUUAUUGGUAUUUGCUUUCUAACAACAUUAACCAUUGCUUGGCAAAUGUUUAAUUUAUUAGCAGUUAGCCAGACAUGUAUGUUUAGGUUUGGUGCAACAUUGGACACUCUCAACUUUCAGUAUCUUAGUCUGUAACAAUGGUAAACCAGUCAACUUAAGUCCUAUUUGAACAGAAAUGUUCCAUCAUUACAGCAAUAAUGAUAAACAGCAAACUGUAUGUGCUUUUCAAAAGCAGGCAAGUAAUUUUACCUUGUUUUUCAUGAAUUAUUAGUGUCUAAUCAUAGGAGCUAAAAUAGGGCUAUUUUUAUAUGGAAUAAAAAGCUGUCUAGAGAAAUGCCAAGAUGACACUUGUACAGCACUACUGCUAUGCCAUGCAGUCGUGAACUUGAUCUUCUAAACUCCAACUGUACUAUAGGAAAGGUUCAAUACAUUCUAAUAGAUCACCUAACGUGAAUUUCAAGAACGUGCUGAGGCAUAUACAUACCAAGGGCAGGUCUACACUUAAAAUGUACCAUUGGUGCAGCUGCACCACUCUACCACUUAAGUGAAGAUACUCCUACACCAAUGGGCAAGAGCUUUCCUGACGGCAUAGUUAAUCUAUCUCCCUGUGAGGCGGUAGCUAUGUCGACAGGAGAAGCUCUCCAAUUGACAUAGUGCUAUCUACACUGGGGGUUAGGUCGGUAUAACUGACUCACUCAGGCGUGGAUUUUUCAUACCCCGGAGCAAUGUAGUUAUACCAAUAUAGGUCUGUAAUGUAGAGGAGAUUGUAGAUGGGGUGUGUGUUUAUGAAUGCAUACGUUUUUAUAUACAAACUCUUUUAUGUUUUAACAGGAAUUUAGGGCAAGCUAAGUGCCAGCAAAAUUUCAUCAGAGCUAGUGCUUUGCACUGAAUUUGUUUGUACCAAGCGUACAUUUGGAACAUUUCUUCUUCAAAUUUGGACUGAAAAUUUAAAUAUUGGUCUUAUUCUGGUGAGCUAUAACUGCCUAAGAUAUCAAUGCUGUUUAAAUUAGUAUAUCCGUAAAUGUAUAAAGCUGGUUUUCUUCUGUUUAUCUCUGGGUCCUGUACAUCUUGUACAUGUUUUGUAUGUGUUUUGUUCAUUCCUUUUAGUCUCACCUAAAGUAGAAUUGAGGGAGUAUGUUUUGAUUAUGUAAAAGAAUACUCUUUCUGGUGUAUGAUCAUUUUUAUUUAUCCUCAGAUAUGAUAUAAGGAAUAAUCAGUAUUCUUUUACAUUUCUUUUCAGCCUGAUUAUGUGAUAUGCCUAAUAAACUGUUUUCUACUGUAGCAGGUUCAUAUAACUCUAAAAUAUUGCCAAGUAAAGUCUCAACAUGCCAAAUCCAGAGUCUUUUUAUAAACUUCUCAUAGCAAUUUGUUUACAGAACUCCAAAGCUACUGCUGCUUUUAGAAAUUAAAUAUUUAUUUAUUUAAAAGUGCUAGUUAUUUUGGCUACCACAUGCUCAGGCAAACUUCUACACUCAGAUGGCAGCAUGAGAUGUAAUGUAAUAUAUUUUUAAUUUAAAAAAAUUGAAUAUGUUAAAAGGACCAAAAAUGUGUACUAGAAAGGUAGCUGAGAAGAAAGUGAUAUCUUCACUGAAUUGAAUAGAAACUUUGUACAUUUUCGAUUGCUUUUUAGAAAUACAGAAAGUGUUAAAACUCACUGCUAGCUGUCAAAAAACAUUCCGUAAAGCAACGCGUUUGUUCUUUAACAAACACAAAAUGUAAAUAUUGGAUUUUUGUCACAGCCUACACAGGAUAUAUAACCUUGUGCAAUAUAAGUUGAAUGUGAAGGCACUAUGACAGAAGUUAUAUCAUUUUAUAUUGUAUGAAUUACUGUAUUUUCUGCUGUACCAUACCAAGAAUCAAAAUGCCUGUGGACCAGAGUUACUGUCGUCUAAUUCAUGAGUGCCUUUUGAAGUUGCUAUCGCCUGGGUGGCCAGUAGAGUAACUGUGGAACCCAACACAUUUCAGUGCACUUAAGUGUCUGGGUUUUUAAUGCAGAAAUGUAACCCCUCACUUUUCAGAGGGUUCCAAUGGAAUUUUUGCCACCUAUUAAUUUUAAUAGGAGUUGUGUGGCUAAAAUAAUUUCCAGUUCCUGAAAAAAGUAAGGAUAAGUGCAGCCAACUACUGAGUUUAAAUUACUACUGAGGUUACUUAAGUAUAUUUCCCUUUGAAUGCACAUGUUUAGAUUUUAUACUAAAUACUGUAAUUGCCAUAUUUUGUCCUAUAUUUGUAUGUAUCUAUUUUACAGUGCUGUAAAAUCAAAAAUCUAUCUUCAUGAAAUUGCUUUGAUGUAACGCCAUAAAUACAUACCUGUAUUAAAAAUCUAUUAUACCAAUA